CAGGUGUUGCGUCAUCGGCGCUCAGAGAUGGAUCAGAUCAGCGAUGCGACCGUCGCUUAUAAUCAGGAUUUUACCCACAAGACCAUCCUGGUGGGAGACAGCGGAGUGGGAAAGACAUCUCUGCUGGUUCAGUUCGAUCAAGGAAAGUUUAUCCCUGGAUCGUUUUCCGCAACCGUGGGAAUCGGAUUCACGAAUAAAGUGCUGGCUGUGGACGAUCUGAAGGUGAGAUUACAGAUCUGGGAUACGGCGGGACAGGAGAGGUUUCGGAGCGUCACACACGCGUACUACAGAGACGCUCAGGCUCUUCUGCUGCUCUAUGACAUCACCAGCAGAUCCUCCUUCGACAACACACGGGCGUGGCUUACUGAGAUCCAUGAAUAUGCUCAGGAUGAUGUGGUCAUCAUGUUGCUUGGCAACAAGUCAGACAUGGCCAGCGCUCGAGCCAUCAGACGAGAGGAGGGAGAGAAACUGGCCAGAGAAUACGGAGUAAUUUUCCUAGAGACCAGUGCCAAAACCGGACUCAACGUCGACGAGGCCUUCAUGACCGUGGGAAAGGAGCUGGUGAGACGCUCGGUCCAGCUGUCCGUCCAGCACAGGUUUCACCUUCAUGACGUGAUGGAGCCGGAGAAACAGCCGUCCGUCUGCUGCAGCUUCAGCUAGAGACUCACGAGAACAGCAUCCCUGUCACCUGAUGAUGUGUUCGAUAACUUCAUCUGUUCUGAAGAUGGAAACCAGCAGAGAACAGACGUUAAACCAGCUCCUGUUUUAUAGUUUGCCAAAGUAAUGUUUGUGACCCUUCUAGCACAAAACCAGUCAUAAGAGUCCAUUUUUAUUUACAUAAAAGCUGAAUAAAUCAUCUCUCCAUUGAUGUGUGGUUUGUUACGAUAGAUCAAUAUUU